AUGCUGACUUGUUCAAUUCACCUUUCAGGCACCUUUUUUAUCCUCUGCCUGCUGGCAGGCUACGCCGGCCUCUCUUCCCUCCAGCUUGGCGUCUACAUAAACGACAAGGCCCUACAUGUGUUGACCUUUUUCAUCCUGACCAUCGUAUUCUACUGGAUCGUCGAUACGAACCGGCGACGCACCCUCAACCUUACCCUCGUAGUAUGCACCCUGCUCCUCGGCAUCGGUUCCGAAUUCCUCCAGGGCUUCCUCCCCAACGGCCGCGAGUUCGACUCUUAUGACAUCGUCGCCAAUAUCGUCGGGAGUCUGGGUGGCUUGGGUCUCUGCAGCUGGUACCAUAACCGCAUGCUCGAGCGGAGAAGAGGGAGGAGAUAUGAUGCUGUCCCCGGCGAAGACGAGGACGAUCUUGAGCUCGGCCAGGGAGUCUCAUCUGAGGCGGGGCAGGAAGAGGGAAUCAUGAGCUCUACAGUCAAUGAGAGGGCUCCGACUCUAGAGGAGGAAGUUGAUAAUUGGGACGAGAAUGCUGUUGACGCUUGGGAUGACGAUGACGGCGACGGAGACAUCAGCGCUGCUUCCACGAAACCACAAGCGACGGAGCUGAACGGUGGUGGCGACAUUGGCGAAGCAAAGAAGCGGACUGACUGA